CUGUGCAGCCGCUAUAUAGCUGCAAACGAUGAGCGAACCCCCCCGCCCUCCUCUCGAAGGAGCGCAACUAUCACCAGAGUCUUCAGACGAAUCUCUGAAGAGCCUUAAGAGAAGCUACCUGAGCGUUUUGCCUCAAGUGGAAAUCAUCGAGAUAUGUCUCGCGUUCGAGCCCCAUGUACCGCCGCAGGUGCGCAACACCGUAUGGCCCGCUGACCUCGAAGCCGCCAUUCUUGCUCUGAAGAAGGAGCCUCUCACACCCGCGAACACUAUCGUCAUACCUACCAAUGUGGACCCACCCUUCGCACCCCAACCCGCCCCCGCCGGCGCUGCGGCUGAUGUAUCCUCGCAGCAGGUGCAUCCGCCUCGUCCGACGAUGAACGGAGAUGUCGCGCCUCCGAUGGCUUCUCUGGUGGAUGAUGCAUCCAUGAAGGCAGCUCAGCAGCCUCAGACGGACGCACCCACCACUGCAGUUGAGCCUCCCCAAAAGUCGCCAGAGACCCCUACAUCUGUUGCUUCGACUGUGGCCUCUUCUACCCCUGCUCCUCCGACAGCAUCGCAGUCUGCCACAGCGUCCGCCUCUACCUCUGAUGCGCCGACGCCCCAGUCCCAACCCGCCACGAAGGCGCAGACUCACCCCCAUUCGCCAUACCCUUACGCACCAUACGGCUACAGCCCUCAGACACAGCAGCCUGCAUACCCUCAUACACCGUAUUACGCGCCGCCGUUACCCCACUCUAACGGAUACCUUCCGCCUUUCCACUAUGCAGCCUAUCCUCCUCCUCCUGGCUACCUCUCGCCGGUACUAGGGCACGCGCACAUCCAGUCUCCGUACCCAUCGUAUCCAUACUCUCACUCGUCCCCAUCCCACGCCGGUUCUGUGCCCAGCUCUUCGAUGCCCUCGCAAGUGCCUGUCCCGCCGCCGCCGGCGGACGAUUUGCCGUCGUACGAGGAGAUGAUUGUGGAGGCGUUGCUCGACACGGGAGACCCUGAGGGUGCGGCGCCCAAGGAUCUGUUCGCGUGGAUGGCGGCGCAUUAUCCGUUACAGACGAACUUCAGACCGAGCGCGAGCCAGGCGCUCCAGAAAGCGUACAAGCGGGGCAGGCUGGAAAAGAGGCCGAGCGGGAGAUAUCGAUUGAAUUCGACGUGGGAGGGAGGCGCUACGUCGAAACGUACGACGCGCCGCCCACAAACGUUGGCACAGACAACAUAUGCUAUGCACCAUCCACCACAGCCACCUUCGUCUCCAUUCACCAACGCUCCCCUACAGCAUCACCACCACCAACAGCGUCAGCAACCUCCCUAUCUCCAGUCCAAUGGACCUCAGGCUGGGGCAUAUCCGGGCUAUCCCUAUGGCUAUCCACCAAUGGGCUAUCCGUCGUAUGGUACUCCUGGAUACCCAGCGUUCCCCUCGCACGACGUUACAAUCAUCGGCAAACCUGGCACCACAACAUUGGCGUCCUCUGCGAUUCCUGCUACGGCCACUCUCGCAACUUCUUCACUAUAUACGAUUGCCUCGUCAGACCCGGCGACAGAGUCUGCAUCUCAGGAGAAUCAGAAAGAUAGUGCCGAUGGCACGAGCAAUGCUAGUGCUUGGGAGGCAGCACAGCAUAUAUUGGAGGCGAUAAAUUUCAACCUCCCUGCAGAUACCCCGCAACAAGGGACUCCUGCUACUGCUACUGCUUCUAACUCGCAAUAUGCACCCGCCGGUGCGAGUACUGGAAUAGGCUUCACUGGCGCUUAUGAAAGUGCAAUCGCAAGGUCAAGCGCCGGUGGGCAACGUAUUACGCUAACCGAUGAAGAGCGGGCAUCGUUACAGGCGCAGCUUGCGCUGUUGGCCGCCCAGCUCGCGGAGAUCGCUAAUAGCGAAGAGGCCGAUGAAGGAGAGGAGACCGACUUCGUGCAUGUCGCGCGUCCCGGGGACGUUGACGCGUCCAGUCUGUCAAAUGUCAAAGCGCAGGAUGCAGUGGAGAAGGGCAAGAGCGUCGAAUCGAGCCCGAGCCAGUCGCCAGAGGGUGCCUCGACGUACUCAUUGCAUCUUGAGCAUAUGGGAGAAGGUGGACCUGCAGUGCCCGUCAUGCCAAGCGAGGAUGUCAAUAUGCAUCUGACGACGCAGGAGACGGAGGAUAGUGACGAGGAUGAUGAUAUGGAGAUGGUGGAAGUUCCCGCUCAUGCGGGGUGGGAUGCGUUACGGACUUGA